AUGGCAGAACUUUUUAUAAAUCAAAUUAACAAGCAAGCGGAGGAAUAGGGAUAAUUAGAAGAAUUAGAUAUAUCAGAAAUUAGAAUAGAGUAAAUUACACCAGAGAUUACAGAAAAUUUGAAAAAACACCCAAAAUUAUAAAGCCUUGCAAUCACAGGUUGUGGACUCAAAACUAUAGAAGGCUUACCAAAGAUGGAUUCAUUAGAAGUGUUAAUUUUGGAGGCUAACAGUCUAGAUUCCAAAGCAUUAAAUUAUAUUAGUGAGAAUUUUAAAAAAUUAGUCUGCUUAUCUUUAGCGGAUAACCAGAUCAAAUCAUUCGAAGUAUGAAUUUAGAUUUAAUAUAGGAAUUGCGUGUACUUUCAAACCUACCUUAAUUAAAACAAUUGGAUUUAUCUGACAACAAAGUGGAAUAGCAAACAGGAUAUCAUUAAAAAAUCUUUUAAAUGUUACCUAAUUUAUAAGUAUUGGACAAUAAAAAUCAGGAGGGAGAAGAAAUUGAAUACAGUGAUGUAAAAUACUUGAUUAAUAGUAGGAAGAGGGAGGAGAUGAAGAUGGUCAUGGAAGUGAUUCUGAGUUUAAUGAAAAUGAAGAGGAUGACGAAGAGGAAAGUGAAGAUGAAUCUCCAAAACCAUAAAAGAAAACAAAAAAGUGAUUUUAAU